AUGUACUCGGGAAUGCCCUGGCUGCGCAAGAUCGGGGUCCAUACGGGUUCACCCAGCUCCCUGCAAGUUGCAAAAGGUUGGCUCGAUCAGUGUGUGGCUACUGAGACAAGUGGACAUGCGCAUGGGGAUUCCGGCCAAAAUGCUACCAAAUCCCUUAUGGACAAUAACGAUACGGAUUCUGGAGCCUCGCCUUUUCGGACGAAGCGACCAACUCGAUUACUCGAGAUUCAUCGCCAUCAUGGCUCAGGUCCGCCGGCUUCCACAGUAAAGCUUAUCAAUACAUAUGGUGGAGCCUAUCCAUAUGCCGCGCUUAGUUAUUGCUGGGGUAAUCAAACGGGUAUCUGGCUCACGAAAACGAAUACGAUCGAACAACAUCUCAGAGGUAUUGAGCGUAGCAGUCUCCCAGCUACGAUAAAUGACGCUGUUGAUAUUGUGGCUGCCCUCGGAAUUGGAUAUCUCUGGGUGGAUGCUCUUUGCAUCAUUCAGGACAGUGAGGACGAUUGGAAAGUUGAGUCCGCCAAGAUGGGCGAGAUUUAUCAAGGUGGACUCCUGACGAUCGCUGCAUCAAAAAGCGCCAGCAGUGAUGAUGGAUGUUUCAACACAAACAGAGCGCACGGCAGGACCGCAUUUUCUGACUAUAUCAAUGUGCAAGGUCGCUUGAAAGACGGCUCUGCAAGCAACCUAUAUUUCGAAAAGUUCAUCAAUUCGGUUGUAGAACUGAAGACAGGUCGUUCUGGCAUCGACAUUCAGGGCAGCCCUCUAUCACAGCGGGCCUGGACAUAUCAAGAACAAGUACUGUCUAGCAGAAUCCUGUAUUUUGCGGAGUCCCAGUUGUAUUGGGAGUGCGAUCAUUGUCGCCUAAGCGAGGAUAAUUUGCCACAGGCGCAUGCUGAGCGUGAAUAUCCAGUAUUAACAUUCAGUAAUUCUUCGACUAUGGAAAGCACUGGGAAUGAGUGGUAUAGAGGCGCUGUACAGACGUACUCUAAGCGCCAACUCACAUACCAGAGGGACAAGCUUACAGCAAUAAGUGCCGUUGCUAAAGCAACAUACCUUAAACGUCGUGUUGCGUAUGUCGCCGGCUUAUGGGAGGAUAGCAUGAUUAGAGGCCUCGGUUGGUAUCGAUCCAGCCCUGGAAAAAAGGAGAAAGACGUUCCCUGCCCGUCUUGGUCAUGGGCUAGUCAGCAUUCAGGAGUUCUGUAUGACAUGGGAGGACCAGUGGGUGGUGUGAGUCAAUUUAUCUCAGAAUCACCAACAUCACCUCAAGUUCUGAGCUUUGAUGUCGAAACAGAGGAGACAAAUCCCUUUGGCGAUGUUUCCAACGGCCACAUCACACUGCGCACUAUGGUCACCACAGGGCAAAUCCUGCCUGGUAAAAAAGGCCGAAUGCGUGACAAUUACCUUCAUGGCUAUGAAGAUACGAGUAUCUUGACUAUAGGCGAAAACCCCGAUUUGAAAGAAUGGCAAGCUCGUGCGGUGUUGGACGACGAUGGGAAUGAAGGGCAGAAUGUUACUGUUGCAUUCCUGAGUGACUGGGACAAACCGCAGACAAUGUGGAAAUUGCUACUACUCAAACAAGCCUCUAGGCAAGAACAUGCUUACCAACGUGUUGGAAUAGCGUCGAUAGGACAAGACUAUAUGUGCUAUAAUAGGUGGUACCAUACGCGGGACUUUAGAAGAAAGUGGAAAAGAGAAGUUCUUGUAAUCAUCUAA